UCUGCAACGCUGAAGAGUGGCGAGGUUUCGGCUCAUUUUUCUAAGCGGACAAGUGCAGGCCACGCCUCUACCUUCACUUGUAUUAUUGCUGGAUAUAAAACAAAUUCAAAUGAAAGACUUGGAGAUCAAAAGCGGAUCACUUUUAAAGGAAUUCAUAUUUGUCUUGGACAUCCCUGAACAUUGAACCUGGGUGACACUGAAGAGCACAUAACCCAUGUGCUUAUUGGACAUACAAGACAAGGAAGGAGCGCUGCGGUUUGGAAUCAAAAGGACUGGUCAAGGAGUGGUCUAUUGAAGAAAAACCCCUCAUGAAUUGGACUUUUAUUUACUCCCAACAUUAGUCCAUAAUUUCAUAGGUUCAAACACUCCUUUAUCAUUGAAUUGACAGAAGUCAGCUAAAUCAGUGCUCUAUCUGUAUCCCCUCUAAAGAAAAGACAUGAGUUGCUUCUGCACUGCUCAGGAGGAGUUUUAUUGUGAAGUUCUACUGUUGGAUGAAACCAAAUUGACGUUAACCACUCAACAACAAGGAAUAAAGAAGUCUACUAAGGCUUCGGUGGUGCUGGACUUUGUGUUCAACCAUGUGAAGCUGGCAGAGACAGACUACUUCGGGCUGCGCUACUGUGACCACAGCCACCAGACGUAUUGGCUAGACCCCUCAAAAACCCUUUCAGAACACAAAGAUUUAAUAACAACAGGGCCUCCAUACACACUCUAUUUUGGGGUCAAGUUUUACGCUGAGAAUCCCUGCAAGCUAAAAGAAGAAAUAACAAGGUACCAGUUCUUCCUGCAGGUGAAGCAGGACGUACUACAGGGUAGAAUCCCCUGUCCCCUCGACAUCAGCGCCCAGCUGGCUGCUCUGGCCAUACAGUCCGAGCUUGGCGACUACGACCCGUACAAACAUGUGUCGGGAUACGUGUCAGAGUACCGCUUCGUCCCGGACCAGAAAGAGGAACUGGAGGACGCAAUUGAGACAAUCCACAAAACUGUAAUGGAACAGGUUCCCUCCAAGGCUGAACUCAAUUAUCUAGGAAUCGCCAAAACACUGGAUAUGUACGGAGUCGACCUUCACCCUGUCUUCGGAGAGAAUCAAUCUGAAUACUUCCUGGGGUUAACACCUAUUGGAGUUGUUGUCUACAAGAACAAAACACAAGUUGGGAAGUAUUUCUGGCCAAGGAUAACAAAAGUGCAUUUUAAGGAAACACAAUUUGAGCUUCGAGUCGUUGGAAAAGAUUGCACAGAGACUUCGUUCUUCUUCAAGGCACCCAAUAAGACAGCAUGUAAACAUCUGUGGAAGUGCUGCAUAGAACACCACACUUUCUUCAGAAUGCCAGAAAAUGAUGGCAACACACUGACAAGAAAACUAUCCAAAUUGGGUUCUCUGGGAUCUAAGCAUCGAUACAGUGGAAAGACUGCUAUGCAGAUGGGCAGGGAUCCGUCUGUCAGUCUGCCUCGACCAGACCUGCAGGUGGUCAGGACCCGCAGCAAGACCUACCCCAAGAGACCAUCACAGUCCACAGGACUGAACAAUGCGAAUCGGUCCAACACCAAGACGGAGAAUGCAGAAAAAGAGGGAACGGCUAAGAUUACAGCACAGUCAGCUGUGAAGAGCUCCAACGUAACCAAGACAGAGAAUGGCGGUCCAGAGAAACAGCGAGGGAAGCCCAGUGCACCAUGGGAUGAGAACGCCCCACAAAGUGGACUGUACAACACGGCCAACCAGCGAACCAAGUCUCCCAAAUUCCCCAUGGCACGUGGUCGCACCCCUUCAGGAGGCAGCGAGAACGAAACAUCCCAGAACAGACGCUGGAAAGGCCAUGCCAGUGAUCCAACAGAUCCCCCAAACCAGAACGAUCAGCAGAAGAGGAGGUCACGCUCCCGUGGCAACACCAGUAGUGGCAGCGAGUCCGAGAACUCCACCCGGGAGCAUCGUAAAAAGAGGAACCGAUCUCGUCAGGAGAAUGAGAUGGUGGACUCUGGUCCUCAGUGGGAAGCCGUGCUCUGCCGUCAGAAAGAGAGGUCUCAGAAAGACCCAAACCACCGCCGCUCACGACACCGUUCUCGAUCGCGGAGUCCAGAUGUGCAGGCUAAAGAGCAGCUGUGGAGGCACAUCCAGAAGGAGCUGGUGGACCCUGCUCCUGAUCUAACAGAGGAACAGCUGAAGGAGAUCCCCUACAAGAAAGUGGAAACCCAAGGAGACCCAAUCAAAAUCCGGCACUCUCAUUCCCCCCGGAGUUUCCGUCAGUACCGACGCUCCCAGUGCUCCGAAGGGGAGAGGUCCGUGCUCUCGGAGGUCAACGCCCGGACAGACCUGGUUCCCCCCUUACCUGUGACACGCACAGCAGACAUCCCAGGUUCCAGCUCCACCCCCUCUCAGAAGAAGUACGGAUCUAAAGACACCCUGCUGUCAGAGAUCAUAGAGCGUGACGUAAGGAGCAGCGCCAAGGUGGUGAAGACGGUCCACACUCCCCGGACCAAGGUCGAGACGUGACCUGACAGAAACGCAACCACCACCGCAGAAACAACGCCACAAUCUCAAGCAUGUCAAAAGACGCCUGGUUUCUUGAAAGAAAGAAAAAAGGAACUUGUGAAAUACAAUAGAGAAGGCUGUAUAGAGUACACCGGCUGUGCUGUACACCAGUAACCAACCCCACCUUGCAGUACUCCUGUGUGUAUGUACAGUAGGUGUUAGAUAAUGCAUGGAAACCCCUUUAAGAGGGCAAAAAGGACACUUUUCACAGUUUUGUGCCAGUGUUCUCUGCUGUCUUUUGCACCACACCGACACCGGUAAUCCUUUACAUUAUCUUAAUUUAAACAAGAGCAUUUAAGCUUUAAGGCCCCUUUUGAGUAAGCCUGGUCCCAGAUCUGUUUGUUCUGUAUAGCCAACUCCACAACGACCAUAGGCUAUACAGCACAAGGGUGCUGGGUACUCCUGAGUGGGGGAGAUAUACUGUAGCUACUGAGUACAAUUGGUCUAGGUCUAGAGGUGAUAAUUAAGUGUCAUAAAACACCUUUUCAGUGUAUUAAUGAUCACAUUGAUUCUGGUCCAAUCAGACUAUGGAUUGAAGAAUGACAUUAUGAAUUGUGUAGCGAACACUGCACAGUGAUGUCAUAGAUCAGGGCUGCCCAACCCUCUUCCUGAGAUCUACCGUCCUGUGGGUUUUCAGUCCAACCCUAAUUUAACACACCUGA